AUGAGUCUGGAAUCCUCCAGUGUUGUACUCGGAGACGAGAAACAUGCAGGGGUCUCUUUGUCGACCAAGGAUGUUGACACUGGUGCCCAGCUCGUUGCUGGGUUGACUUCAGCUCUCGAUCCCGAUGAGGCUUUGAGAAUAAGGAGGAAGAUCGAUAAACAUAUCAUGCCUCUUAUGUGUAUUCUCUACUGGGUACAAUUCAUGGACAAGACAACCUUGGGUUCUGCGGCCAUCCUUGGGAUUCAACAGGCAACGCACCUGACCACCAAUGAGUAUAACUGGCUUGGCACUGUGUUCUAUCUCAGUUAUCUUCUCUUCGAGUAUCCCCAGAACCUCGCCCUUCAGAGAUUCCCGGUCGGGAAAUGGAUGAGUAUUAAUAUCUUCAUCUGGGCGAUUGCACUUGCAAGUCACGCAGCAUGCAAAAACUUUGCUGGGCUUCUUGUUGUGCGCUUGUUACUAGGCGUAUGUGAGGGGUCGAUCACGGCUGGAUUCUUGAUUGUUAGCUCCAUGUUCUACACGCGAACGGAACAGACGCUACGUGUUGGUUAUUGGUUUCUCAUGAAUGGCACUGCACAAAUCAUCUCUGGUUUCAUCAGCUACGGUACUUUGCACAUCAAGACCAACGGGUUCGAACCAUGGCAAUGGCUCAUGAUCAUCACCGGUAUAAUAACAUUGAUCCUUGCCAUCUCAUUCUGGUUCUUGUUCCCCGAUUCCCCUACGAAUGCCUGGUUCCUCACUCCUGAUGAGCGGGCCAAAGCCGUGCAACGCAUCAAGGCACCGCAGGAAAACCAAACAGGUGUAGAAAACAAACACUUCAAGAUGGAGCAGAUGAUUGAGGCCCUGACUGACCCCAAAACAUGGCUCUUCGCCCUCUUCUCGGCUCUAGACAACGUGCCUAACUCAUUGACAAACCAACAAUCACUCAUCCUCGCUUCGUUCGGAUUCAGCACUCUACAGACGACUCUCUUGACCUGUGUUCCUGGUGUGAUUGAAAUCUUGACAAUCUUCACUGGUGUUCGUCUUGCUGCACGACGGCCCAAUUCCAGAGCAUAUGUCGGUGCCAUCUACUUCGUCCCGGCAUGGAUAGGCAUCUUGUUGGUUAACCUACUUCCUUGGUCGGAUCAGACUGGACUUCUUAUCGGCCAAUUCCUGUCUGGUGUCAGUGUGCCUGGAUUUGUACUGUCGUUAUCGUGGCUCAAUAGCGUGACUGCUGGCCAUACGAAGAGGGUUGCUACUAAUGCCAUCAUGCUCUCGGCUUACUGCAUUGGUAAUGCAGCUGGCCCCUUCAUGUGGAAGGCACAAUACAAGCCGCGUAACCAUAUCCCAUGGGCUGUCAUCGGCGCAUGCUACGUCGUCUGUCCGAUCAUUCUCCUUGUCAUCCGUGCUGUCCUCGUCCGAGAGAACCGGAUCCGCGAUACAGAGCCUUCCGACGUUGAAGAAGAAUACGUUAUCGAGCGAAUCACUGAGGAUGGCAAGCGUGUGGAAGUUAAGGUCGAUAAGGAAUUCCUGGAUUUGACGGAUAGGCAGAAUAGGGACUUCAGAUAUGUUUUGUAAGAUUAAGCACGCCUGAUCAUUACGUAUUGCCAAAUGGCAAUGCCAAUCAGCAAUCAUCUCGUGUUCAUCGAUGACCUUUGAUGGCGCGACCUAGGUGGUAUCAUGAGACCGCGCGGUUACGUAUUGAUGUAUUAUUAUAGGAGACUCCACACUCCAUCCACUUUCACGACCUGCGGGGAAGUCCGAGUCAAGAUUAAUUCAGGCAGUUAUCUCCCUGUCCGGAGCAAAAAUGCUCCACGCCCCAAGACUCAAGUCUACUUCGGAAUUUUUUGAGCUGCCAAGUACGGAGCUCAGGGCUGCAGACCGCACAA